GCAGUCACUUCCGGGUUGCAGUUGUUGACCGUGUGAGAGUUCAGAGGUCGUGUAAUGUUUUUCUUUUUCGCUCUUGGCUAGCAUUUUAACCAAUAGUUUCCAGUGAUGUUAUGGCUUUCCUGAGCCUUUUCGUGAGGAGGCAGCUGCCGCAGGCUGUCACCUACUUCGCCCGGACACUGAAGCUGGGCCGGCCUCCGGGCUCCGCGGCCCCGCUGAGGAGGCUCCACGGGUCGGCGCGGCAGCGGACGGCGGAGAAGGGUCCGUGGGGGAAGAGCCGGGGCUCGGAGCAGCAGCUCCAGCUCUCUGACCUGGACAAGGCGGAUGCUUUGAUACUAAGAAAGUCACAUGAAACAGGAUUCCUCUCAUGGUUCAGGAACGGCCUGCUGGCGACGGGGAUCGGAGUCAUCGCCUUUGUCCAGAGUGAAGUGGGACGAGAAGCAGGCUAUGCCUUCUUCAUCCUGGGAGGCGUGUGCGUGUCGUUUGGCGGCGCCUCGUACAUUGGCAGCCUCUUCACCUUGCGGAGGCUGAUGCUGCUGUCCGUGCCAGCUCUGCUCCUCCAGGGCGCCGUGGUGAGCAGCGUCGCCCUCUUCUGGCUCUGUGCGGUAUCGCUGUACAUCGGCCGGCUGGAGGUGGAGAUCAUCCACGAGGACGAGGACGGAGAGGACGAGGGGGAGUGCCGGGAGUGCCGGGAGAGGAGGGAACACCGGCCGUACCGGAGCUCUGAGGACACUGAUAGAAAAGGACCAAACAAGUAGAGGUCUUCCAGGAGCCGAGUGUUUGUGUGGAUGCGUGUGCGCGUGCUGCUUUGAUUCAGGGUUAUUUGUGCAAAUCUGUGGUUAAAAAUAUAUUAUUUUUCAGGUGAGUAAAGAAAUCUUUUGGAAAACUAGUUGGUGAAAAUGCUGAUAGGUGAAAGUUUACAACUUUGGUGAAUCAAUCCAACUUUCUUUUAAAAACUGUUCUCAUUUCUUCUGCUUUAACUCCACAUCCUCAGUUAACGUUUGUGCCACUUUAUGCAGGUCGCCUGUUUUCUUUGACGACGGUUGUCAGCUGCUGUUUUUCAUAUCAAAGUUGUCAAAAAUCUUAAAAAAUGCUGUGAGAGAACUGGGAUGGAAUCAUCCAAUCAUUUGCAAAAUUUGCUUUAUUCAAACAAAAAUCCGAGGGUUUGCUUGUUUUAAAAUGAUAGUUGCACACUUUUGUUUCAGUGUAAAAUCCAGAGCUGUUUUUCUUUGAUUCGUUUUUUUUCCUCAUUUUUGUUGACAUCCAUAAAACUGAAAUCUUAAAGAUUUGGAGUGAAUUCCACUCAUUUUGAGUGUUUCUUCAAUGAUGGUUUUAAUGGAUGUUAAAAAAAACACAAUAAAACAGAAUGGUGAUUAUCAGUUUUUAUGUGAGCUUUGCUGUUGUAAACUUUUUUUUCUGUAAGUUUGUCACAUUACAGUAUGUAAAGUAAUAAAGCCGGAUCAGAUCUGUA